UUGAAUAUAAAGAGUCACAUGGAGUAGUCAAAUGGUUGGUUGAAAUUCUUGGUCUGGAUUUGUACUUUCUGGAUCUUUCCACCUCUGGUUACUAUUAAUCAAAUAAACGCAGAGAGUGUAAUGCAGAGGUUGGACGGCUUCACUGUUUAAAUUUGUAGGGUUUUGUUAUGUUGCUUCAUCGUAUUACGUUUAUCAUGUUGUAACACAGAAAUUCCAGCUUGUGUGAUGCCCUGUAAUCAAGCAAAUGAAAGGUAAUUAGGAAACUUCCUAAUCCUCAUCUCCUAUUGUCAUCACAAGGCAAGGUGCUAUGUCAAACAAAUAUGCUUACUGCAAACAUGGACUGACUGUUCGGGAUGCCACAAGGCCGGAUGAUCAAGAAUCUAAGUUGUUCAUCUCCACUUCCUGGUUCCUGACUGGCUGUGACCAAACAUUGUUUGUUGCCUUAAGAUCCAUAACUCAUACAAGCCAGGAAGUGAAGUUUGAGAAGGUUGUGCGAAACAUCUACUGCAUCAGAGAAUAUCAUCUGGAAAUGAACUCCUUCCUCGCUAACAGAAAGCUUAUUGUCUAGUGCUCACUGGGCUAAGCCUGUGUGCUUAUAAUCAGAAGGUCGCUGGUUCAAACCCAGGUCCUUGAGCAAGGCCCUUAACCCCCAGCUCCCUGGGCGCUACUACAGGUGGCUGCCCUUCACAGACAGCUUACUCUAUAAAGAGCAAGCUGAAGGAGGUGUAAAAAGAAUUUCCUCAUAGGGACAGUAAAGUAUCAAUUAUUAUUAGUUUGUCACGUUAAGGGUGAAACAGCGGAAUCUAACACAUGCUCUUCAGCAAACUAAAAUUCUAUCCGCAAGCUCUUGGUUAUGAAUUCCCCAACAUAGCUGCGUUUCUGUAAUGCUAAGGAAGAUGAAGCGCUCCUGAAGUCCUCGAUCUUAUCCUGCAGAUGUCCACACUUGAGCAGGAUGGGGAGGAGGUGGUGGGCCAAGCUCGCUGUCCCUUCGAGUCCCGGCAGUCCAAUGUGGGGCUCUUUGCUGGGGGUGACUUCUACUCAGCCACCAUGACUGACUUCCUGGCAAGCGACGCCGUGAUCUACCGCAGCCUCGGUGAGGGAAGUCCAGUCUUGCGCACUGUGAAGUAUGACUCCAAGUGGCUACGAGAGCCUCAUUUUCUCCAUGCCAUUGAAUAUGGGAACUACGUGUAUUUCUUCCUAAGUGAGAUCGCAAUAGAGUACACCACACUUGGCAAGGUUGUAUUUUCACGGGUGGCACGGGUCUGCAAGAAUGACAAUGGUGGCUCCCCACGGGUGCUGGAGCGCUAUUGGACCUCGUUCCUGAAGGCCCGGCUGAACUGCUCGGUCCCGGGGGACUCCUUCUUCUACUUUGAUGUGCUGCAGUCACUCACCAACGUGCUGCAGAUCAAUCAGCGGCCUGCCGUGGUGGGCGUCUUCACCACCCAGGCCAACAGCAUCACGGGCUCGGCCGUGUGCGCCUUCUACAUGGACGACAUCGAGCGCGUCUUCAACGGGAGGUUCAAGGAGCAGAAGAGCAGCGAGUCGGCCUGGACCCCGGUGCCAGAAGAUCAGGUUCCCAAGCCCAGGCCCGGAUGCUGUGCGGGUGACGGCCCAGCGGCCGCCUACAAAUCCUCCAUCACCUUCCCCGACGAAAUGCUGACCUUCAUUAAGUCCUACCCACUCAUGGAUGAGGCGGUGCCCUCCGUCAAUGACCGGCCCUGCUUCACCCUCACCGGCAGCAGAUACAAGUUAACCCAGGUUGCCGUGGACCCCUCCGCCGGGCCCUACAGGAACUACACCGUGCUGUUUCUGGGCUCGGAGGACGGCAGGGUGCUGAAGGUGCUGGCCAGUGUCCACCCCAACGCCACCUUCGGCUCGCAGCUCCUGGAAGACAUCGACGUCUACAACCCCUCCAAGUGUAACGUGCAAGGGGAGGACCGGAGAGUCCUGGGCCUGGAACUGGACAAGGAGCACCACGCCCUGUUCGUGGCCUUCUCCAGCUGCGUCAUCCGCGUCCCCCUCAGCCGCUGCUCUGACUAUGGCUCCUGCAAGAUGAGCUGCUUGGCUUCCCGUGACCCAUACUGCAUCUGGCUGAAGACAGGAAGCUGUGCCACCAGUGCACCAGGCUUUAGGGCCGGGUUCGAGCAGGAUGUUGAGAACGACCACACCGAACACGCGGACAGCUGCCAUGAUGUACUGGCCACCACACGGAAGCAGAACACAGCUAUCGAUUCGGCUUACGGUGUCCGACGUUUUCCCGAGGCAGACAAAUCCAGCAACAGUGUCCACUACACCCUCCUGAUCGCCUGUGUCUUGGUGGCCUUCAUCCUGGGUGCCAUCCUCUCAGGGUUCCUGGUGUCCUGCUACUGCAGCUACAAUGUCCAUAAGACUAAGAGGCUCGGCAAGGACCCUGAGGCAUCCAUUUCCCAUGCUCUGUCCCUGCGAAGUCUGGCCAAACUCAAUGGCUUGUUGGAUAGCCAGGGUAAGGAUGAAAAGUUGGACGUUCCCUCACCCAAGCUAUAUAAUUCCUUCCUGCCCAACGGGAAGGAGCACCAUUCAAGCGGGAACUGCCGGUCUGGUGUGGGGAUGGACCUCACCCCACAUCACCACUCUGAGGAGCUCUCAGGCCUGCCUACGCCAGACUCAACCCCGGAGCUGCCCAUCAAAAGUAUGAAGGCCUUCAGGAAUCAAUGGGAGAAGAACCAAAACUGCAACAAUGCCAAAGACUCAAGGCCACCAAGUUUGGGCUGUUCCCGGUCCAGCUCAAGCAUCGCCCAGCAGGCGUUUCCCUUCUCUCAUGGUCUGGCGGAAGGGCAGGCCCUUGGCGGCGCCCUUCACCUGGAGGACCGGAAGAUCCCCAACGCUGAGCGGCUGAUGCCCCAGCCUUAUCCCUGCUAUCCCCAGACGGUGGUGGACGUCACCACUCUGGACGAGCUUCUCAGGCACAUCCAUGAGUCCAGCGCGGCCGGUGGUAAGAACCUGGCCCUCUUGACUUCGGCCUUGCUCCCCAGCGGUGGACCCAUGGCCUACAGUGGUCGGGCCCAGGCACAGAUUCCCGACACGGAGUCGUCCUCGUACUACAGCUCCUCCACGCUGCCUCGGGACAGCCUGACACGCCGCCUGGAUGUCCCGCCCGACAUGCCGCCCUCUCAGUCUACCCUGGAGAGGACCUCGCGCCAUCCAACACAACGACACGGCCUGUUAGCGCCCUCGAAGAUGGCCACCAACGGCAGCAUCGUAUCCCGCCAGCAUAGCUUCAACCAUCGCAGUGGGCACCAGCCACCUCCCUUGUUGGCACGGAUGAACUCCGUGGGCAGUGCCAGUGAAGUGCACCAUCCUCUUAUGGGCACUGGCAGCAGCCACCUGGCUCGCCAGCACAACUACAGCGAAGGGCCCCAGGGUUCUCGGGGGGCCCUGAUUCGCCGGAGCUCCUCCCUCAAACCCGACCUGCCACCCAAGCCCCACUUCCUCCCUGCCACCUCCCCUGUCAACCCACGGGAUAAGUUCAACUACUGAGGCUGCAAUGGCGCACUAAGCAAGACCGGCCACCCAGCCUUAAAGGACGAGAAAGGACAGGAUGUCAGUGAGGGUGUGUAGGGAACUCUGGGGAUCAGUUCCCAUGUGGAUGAAGCCACAGACCUGGCCACACCCCAUGCGUAUUCCUCAAGCCCCAAACAAACCUCUUUGUACCAUAUUGGUAUUACUUAAAUAGUCGUUCCCAAAAUCCUUGACUCAAUCUUCUUCGGGACACCUUCAAUCAGCUGCCCCAGUGUUUGCUUGCACCCCUAAAUCCAACCAAGAUUAGAGGGGUCAAGACUUCAAAGUCCAAGAUUCCUUCGGGUCUGGAUGGUGACCACUUCUGAAUCAGUCCGGCUCUUGAGCAUUGUGUCCACAUAGUCAAGCUGAGGGAUGCCGCUCAAUCCUACCUUAGACGUGUAUAUAUGCAUGUGUGUAUACGUACGUGUGAGUGUUUUCAUACACGGUAUAUGUAUACACGCUAACACGGCAUAUAGUGUGCACUCCUUGGUGUAGCGUGGCAGGCUCUCUGGAGGCAACUGUGUCCUAGCUUAUCCCCGGGCUGCAUUGUAGGAGCCCUGUCUGCAGAGGGCGCUGUCCCUAAAGGUCCUCCUUGUCUGUCUUCGCUCGAACGGAACCGAGCAAUCAGACGGCGGUGGUACAGCAGACUAGGCGUGACUCUGGGCCGCGGUGCACCGUGGGGAUGUGCUGGGCGGCCAUGCACAGAGAGCGUAGCAUACAAACAGACUCCUCUCCAGAGAGGUCAAUAGAGGAAUGCAACACGGAGGUGGAAAGUUCAUUUAAAAGGAACACCGGUGUGGCAACUGCCCCAGUAAGACGGAGGGAGUUCGCUGACCUCGCCAUAGCCGGCUCUGCUUGAAGCAAACAAGGCGUCGACUUGUACUGGGUCUCCAGGAGAAAUGUUUGGGAGGCUGGUGCUAAUAUUUACUGAACACUUUGAGGCUGUUCCCUUCUCCCACAAAAAAGACUGAAGCAGGACUUGCACUAAGCGGUUUCAAACAAUACGGUUUAUCCCUGGCAAGAGCAUCAGGUCAAACUGCAGAACUUGCCGACUAAUGGAGUUUAACAUUGUAAAAACAGCUGUUAUUAUAAUUACCACGAUUAUUAUUAACUUUGUGUAUAUUUGUGUAAAUAAAUGAUACUGUGGAAUAAUAACUAGCCAAAAUUUAA